UUAAAAGCUGUGAUGACACGCCUCUCCCCCACUAAAAUGGGGGAGAUCUGUAGGUGUAGGGAACACUAGACGGGCAGCGUUCGUCUAACUCCCAACGGCCCACGUUCGUACGCAAGUGACGGCCGUUGGUUCCUGUGCUGCACUGUUGGGUCUCUCUCUUUCUGGGUUUUCUGGGUUCGACCUACAGGCAAAUGGAAGGCAAGAGAUGGGGGAAAGGUGAAACUUGAGAUUGAAAUGACAGACUGAAAUGGAGGGAGCAGAGGAAGAGCUGGAGAGAAGAAGCAGAUUCUUGAGCAGUCUCAUACAGAAGAAGAAAACGAUCGAACAGCAAGAUCAGCAUGAGCAACUCAACGUUCGAGUCAGGGCCGCUGACAUGCCUGUCGCCUUACAACAACGUGCCUUCCGGUGUGCCAGAGACUCCCUUGACUCCAUGCCCAAAAAGCUCGACAGCAAACGCUUAGCACUUGCCCUUAAGAAGGAUUUUGACACAUCAUAUGGUCCAGCCUGGCACUGCAUUGUCGGAACAAGUUUUGGCUCAUACGUUACCCAUUCCUCAGGAGGUUUCUUAUACUUCUCCAUUGACAAGGUUUAUGUCCUUCUAUUCAAGACUGCUGUGGAGCCUCUGGGUCAUUGACAGUUAUUAUUAUUUAAGUUUUACAAGCACUUGUGUUAGUUGUAUGGUAUUCGGGAAAUAUAAAUUCGCAAAUUUGAUUUAUAAUGUAAUCAUGUUUCAUUCCCAUUUUUCAUAUGUUUUACUCUCUGGUUAUUUCUAAAAUGAAGACUCUGAAACAUGCAAAUUCCCUUU